AUGGCCGCAGAAAUUGACCUAGUUUGCGGCGAGAGCAUGACCGCAGUCGUUUGCUAUGGCCCCAGGGAUUACCGAUUGGAAAUUGUGCCGAAGCCGACGCUGCAAGACCCCGGCGAGGUACUGCUUCGGGUUCUCGCCGUCGGCAUCUGUGCCGGAGACAGCAAGUGCUAUGCUGGCGCGGAUCAUUUUUGGAAGCCGGGCGAGUACGGAGAGAGCUACUGUCAGCCGCCGGUGAUCCCUGGUCACGAAUUUGUCGGCGAGGUUGUGGAAAUUCAAGAAGGCGAUCGUGGAACUACACAGGAAACGGACAAAACCUCUCUGAACAAUAAACCCUGGACCAUUGGUGACUGGGUUACGGUUGAGCAGCUCGUUCCGUGCACGAGCUGUCGGUAUUGCAAGCGUGGGCACUACAAUAUGUGCAUGCCGCACGACAUCUUCGGGUUUCGGCAGAAGGCUUUCGGUGCGAUGGCGGAAUUCGUGAAGAUACCGAAAAACGCUCUCAUCCACGGACCUUUGUCCAAACAGACGCUACCGCAGCACUUGGCUUUCUGCGAACCCCUUGCCUGUGCCGUACACGCUGCAAAUCGGGCAGACGUAGGCUUCGAUGACGUCGUUGUGGUGAGCGGCUGCGGGCCGAUCGGCUUGGGAGCGCUUGCAGCUUGCAGGAGGAAAAACCCAAAGACGCUGAUCGCGUUGGAUCGAUUUCCACGAAAGCUUGAGGUCGCCAAAAAGUGCGGCGCAGACGUUGUCAUAAACGUUGCGGAAGAAGGUAGAGAUGAUAUCUUGACUUCUGUCUUUUGCGCCGGUGCUGCUAGGACAGUCAAAGAGAAGCAACUAAACCGCAGAAGCAGCACAGCUUUUGCUGCAAAAGAUUGCAGCACGUGCCCUGAAUGCUUCUUUCGACCGCGCGCCGUCUCGCUGCCACACCGCGCGCCGCGCCGCGCCUGCCCUCACAUCUGUCUCCCGCGCCACGUAGCUUGAAAGCUAGAUGACGUUGCUGAUAAAUAUCGACUCGAGGUGAAAGAUCCACCCUUUCUUGCUGGAAGAUGUUCUCUAUCCCACUUCUAUCAGACGCGAUUGCCAUUGUGAAGUCCCUCACAGAGGGCUACGGCUGCGAUAAGUACAUCGAAGCAGCGGGCCAUCCGGGCAGCGUCGUGCAAGGGCUCCAAAUGAUUGCGAGAAAAGGCGUUUUCGUCGAGUAUGCCGUCUUUGGCACCCAAGUCACCGCGGAUUGGACAGUGAUAUCUGAUGCGAAAGAGAUCGAGAUUCGUGGGGGACACUUGUCGCCGAACACCUUUGCCCCAGCGAUAAGACUUCUGCAAGAAAUGCCACUGGCAGAUAUCGUCACGCACGUUCUGCCCUUCACGCAAUUUCAAGAAGGGUUCCGCCUCGUAGAUGCAAGCAGUGAAAGCAUCAAGGUUGUGCUGGUACCGCCGUCAAAUCCGGCAGGAGAUAGUGCCGUGUGAACAAGCUAGUAGCGACCGAAGCGAUUGCAAGGAUUGCAGCUAGAACAU